CAAAACUUGCAUCCCCUCUUAAACCCUAAUCUGUCCCCUCUCGUAUACCAAUUGUGUAUUGCUAGAACUCUUCAUCCCCAAAAGCAUGAGACACCAAUGGCGAUUGCUUCUCCUCGGACGCCACCACCUUCUCCGAUCUCAGCUUCACAUUCAUUCUCACUCCUCGCAUUUCCAGGUACUCUCCGAUCCCAACCUCCCAUCACUCCACUCUCUCAAUUCACUCUUCUACUGCACAGCUCCGCAACCCAUUUCAGAUUCCCAAUUCACAAACUCUACGAAUACGAUUUCUAGUAGACUGUCGUCUGAACCAGCCCUCGAAGAGAAAGAUUCGGAUCACAUAGUUAUAGCCGAUAUUUUUGCAAAAGCUAUGGGUGUCGAUGAUACUAGGAAAGAGUUGGACUUGAGCGAUGUCGUGCUUAGUCAUGAAUUGGCAUUGAGGGUUUUAAAUAGGCUCGAGUCAAGCCCCGAUGCAGCGAAGAGAUUUUUCGAUUGGGUUUUGGAGAGUGAUAGCGAAAGAUUGAGCUCUAAAUCGUAUAAUUUGAUGCUAGGGAUUCUUGGUAAUUAUGGGUUUGUGAAUGAGUUUUGGGAUUUGGUUGAGGCUAUGAAGAAAAAAGGGUAUGGGAUAUCCAAGGGCGUGCAAAAUAAGGUCUUGGAGAAGUUUGGAAAGGAUGGAUUGGGUAGUGAUAUUGAGAAACUGAGGGGUGUGUAUGCAUCGGGUUCAGUGGAUAAUUCAAUGGAGAAGGUGUGUUCGAGGGUGUGUAAAAUUGUUAGGAGUGACGUGUGGGGUGAUGAUGUCGAGAGACAGUUACGGGAAUUUGGUGUUACAUUCUCAAGUGAUAUGGUUAAGAUGGUAUUGCAGAAUGUUGGCGUGGAGCCGACGAAAGCAUUGAUUUUCUUUAGAUGGGUGGAGGAGAGUGGCUUGUUUAAGCAUGAUAAGCUGACUUAUAAUGUUAUGGCCAGGGUGUUGGGGAGGGAAGAUUGUAUCGAUAGGUUUUGGAAAGUUGUUGAUGAGAUGAGAAGCAAUGGUUAUGAAAUGGAGGAGGAGACAUAUGUAAAGGUUUUAGGGCGGUUUUGUAAAAGGAAAAUGACCAAGGAUGCUGUGGAUUUGUAUGAGUUUGCCAUGGCUGGAGCACGUAAGCCUUCGGUCCAUUGUGGUACCUUUCUAUUGAGGAAAGUAGCUGUCAGUAAAGAAUUCGAUAUGCACUUAUUUUCGAGGGUUGUGAGGAUUUUUACUCAGAGUGGGAAUGUGAUGACAAAUUCUAUGCUUCAUGCCGUUCUCAAGUCUUUAACCAGCGUUGGUAGAUUUAGAGACUGCAAUAAGGUUUUGAAAGCAAUGAAGGAAGGUGGGUUUGUGGCUAGCGGUCAUUUACAGAGUAAAAUUGUGUUCAAGGUUAGUAGUUCUGGCAAAAAUGAUGAGGCAAGUGAACUGUUGGAGACUUUGGAAAAAUGUGGAUCCAAUCUUGAUCACGGGACAUGGACUUCUCUCAUAGAGGGACAUUGUGUGGCUGGCAAUCAUGACAAGGCUUCUGAGUGUUUCCAAAAGAUGGUUGAGAAGGAGGGAGUCUCUUCCGCUGGUAAUGCAUUUAACAUUUUGGUAAAUUCUUAUUGCCAAAAGAACAGGGCAAUAGACGCAUGCAUGCUUCUCGUUGGUCUGGUCAAUGUAAAACAGUUAAAGCCUUGUCAUAACACAUAUAAAGAACUGAUAAGCAAGUUACUGGUUCAGGAUGGGUUUAAAGAUGCUUUGAAUCUUUUGGGGUUGAUGAAAAACCAAGGAUUUCCACCUUAUGUGGAUCCAUUUAUCAAGUAUGUAUCGAAGUCUGGAACUGGUGAUGAUGCUAUUGUCUUUCUGAAGGAAAUGACUUCGAAGAGGUUUCCAGCAACAUCUGUGUUCAUCCGAAUGUUUGAAGCCUUCUUCAAGGCUGGAAGGUAUACUGAAGCUCAAAAUCUUCUUUCCAAAUGUCCAGGAUUCAUUCGUAAUCACGCUGAUGUCUUGAAUCUCUUCUGUUCCGUUAAUUCUAGAAAAGGUGUGUCUACGGCUAAUUUGGCUGCUUAGGCGUUAUUACUGGGCUGUAUUUCUGAUUGUAUCACGUCAGGAUAAUGUAGUAUGGUAUUUCUUUCUUGAGGAAAUUUUGGAAUGCAUUUUUUCUUUU